AUGGAGAAAUUGAAUUUUUUAGAAAAAGGUUAGUUGGAUUAACAAUUUCUAUUGAUUUUCAUCCAAUUUCAGAAAAAAUAGAGCAUAGCGAUGAUCUUCUUCGAAUGGGAAAAUAUGCUAUUCUUGUUUGUAUUUUUACUGAAAUUGCAAUGCUUUCACAACUUUCGAAUACAAUGUUUAUGAUUUAUGCUGGUUCAACUCCACAGAUUCUAUCAUGUCACUCUGGAAAUCUAACAUUCUCUUCAAAUUUAGAAGCCUGUCAAGAAGAAAACUGGAAAAUUUGUCAGAAUCACAGUUCACAGAUUACUUUUGAUCGACAGUUUUAUGGUAUCACUGAACAAUUUUUGUUAUUUUGUGAUGAUGCAAAAUUGGAAAAAUUAGGAAUUUCAAUUCAAAUGUUUGGUUUAAUGUUGGGAUGUUUGGUUUUUGGACAAAUUGCGGAUUCAUAUGGCAGGAGAAUUGUAAUGCAACAUUUCGAAAUAAUUUAAACAAAUUUAAAACAUACAUUUUCAGCCAAUGCUAAUUUGUCUGAUAAUGUGUACAAUUUUUGGAAUCUUAUCAGCUUUUGCUAAUAAUUUUUGGAUAUUCACAGCUCUUCGAACAAUUCUUUCUUUUUUCAAUGGUGGACAGUGCACGUAAGAUUUUUCAUUUUUUUUUCUUCAAAUAAACAGACAAUUUCAGAGUUUCAGUAGUAUAUAUGAUUGAAAAUGUUCCAAAAAAGUCACGAAUGUAUUUGUCUACAUUGAUUAGUUUUUCACCAAAUGUCAUUUUGCUUGGAAUUUUGGCUUGGUUUUUCCAAAAAUGGGAUCAUCUCGCAAUUGUUAUAUCUGUGCUCAUAUUGCCUUCUGUUAUUAUUAUAAGUGGGUAAGUAAAUCAAAAAAGUGGAAACUUCAGUUGACUUGUUCCUAGUAGUCGAAAAAUGUUCCAGAUUUCUUCACGAAAGUCCACGUUGGCUCAUGCAGAAAGGGAAAAUCGAUGAAGCUCAAAAAACAAUUUUAAAAAUCAAUAAGUUCGAUGGCUCAAAAUCUAGAAAAUUAGAUCCUGUAGCCUUAUCUGAAAUACUGAAAAAUGAGCAUGCACAGUUUUCCGAAAAUAGCUCGAAAACACAACAUAGUUUUAAAGAUCUUGUGAGCACAAAACAGACUGCGAUUGGAACUUUUGUGAUAGGAUUUACAUUGUGAGUUUUUGAAAACCUGAUGAAGAUAAAACUUCAAUGUGAAACUUGAACUAUUUUUUCAGUUUUUCCACAACUUUUAUAAAUUAUGCAAACAUGUUUAAUCUUGGUUCAAUAUCAGGCUCAAUUUAUAUGAACUCAAUAAUGAUUGGUUCACUUCGAUAUUCAGUUAGUAUAUUUUGCGGAUUUCUGGAUUUCAAAUAUUUGUGCUUCAAUCGAAAAAUAUCACAUGGUUUGUGCAGUUUAAUGACAAUUUGUGCAAUUUUAGUGACUAUUUUGAUAAAAGUUUCUGGAGAAUCAGAAGCUUUUGGGAUAAUUGUACGAUUCUGUGUGUUACUGUCAUGCACAAUGACAUCACAGGUGAGAUUACUGUUGUUUUUUAUCAGUGAGAAGAUUUUCCAGGCUAUAAUAGUUGCAAGUGUGACAUGCAAUGAACUAAUGCCAACUGCAAUUCGAUCUCUUGCUUAUUCAGUUGCUCAACUUUCAUCAAGAUUCGGAAUUGUUUUAUCUCCUCAUUUAUUCUUUUUACAUCUUUAUAUAGGAGAUGGUCUUGAUAUUCUACCAUAUUUGAUUGCUUUACUUUUUGCAGUGGCUGAUUUGAUUUUCUUUAAGGUUGGUUUGAGGCUAACUUCAAAUAAUUACACUUUUUUACAGUACCUCAUACCGGAGACGAAAAAUAAACCACUGGAGGAUCAUAUUAGAAAAUGA